UUGCGGGGCGGGGCCGUUCCAGCCGCUCGCGGAGCGGACGUGACGCGCGGGGCGCUCCGGGGCCGCCCCGCAGCGAUGGAGGCGCGGGAGCCGCUGCGGGACGUGCGCGGGGCGCUGCGGGCGGUGCUGGCGCGGCUGCGAGAGGGAGAGCCGAGCGAGGGCCGAGAGCCGUUCGAGCUGCCGCGCUUCUGGGACGCGCUAGGUCAGACAUUCCAAGUAACAUCACAGGAAGCUACAAAGCUGAGUCUGGCAUUCUCAAGGCCUCCACUACCUUCUGCAGAGAACUGCCGGAAGCUGAGUGAGGAUGUCCAAAAUGCCAUUCUUGCAGUGGCCACAGUGUACUACUGGCUACCCAAGGGCCAAGGUACUACUCUUCGGAAGAUGGUUCGAGAUGCUACCACUGAGGUGGUGGAAGGGAUGAUCCAGCUCACAGACACAAUUCUCAAUGCCCCAGUGGAGAGCUUGUCUCAGGAACAGCUGAUAUCAACUGGAGGUGUGUGGGAGGCCUGUGAGCAAGUGUCUAACCUGCCACGAGAUAACCAGGCAGCAGUUGUGUCGGCUCUGGCUGCAUCUCUAGGUGUGGUCAAGGAUGCUGUGGAGGAGAUGGAACAUGCACUGGUGGAAGGGCAGGACCCCUAUGGAGACAUCAUGGAAGAUGAAGAGCUGGGCUUUCGUGGCAACAGAGACACGUACUGGUCCGAGGCUGACCGGCAGCUGCUCGGCUCCUGCAUGGGGUUGAUGAAGGCUUCUAAAGCUUGCCUGAAGAAGGGCUUGGCUGCAGUGAAGGCCCAUGGCAAAGCUGAUUCCCCAGAGCACAUUGCACAGCUGGAUGACCUGGCAGACAUUGCUAAUGAGAUCAGCCCAAGUGUUGAUGAGCUGGCACUGAGCAUGUACCCACCUGUGAACCCGUUGGCUGUGCGACUUAACGCUGCUAAAUUGGCCUCAGUAUUAAAGAAAGUCUUAGAGAUUGCAAAGACAAGCCAUGUAUGUCCACCAUCAGAGGAAGGCUGGGUGCAGUUUCUAACUGGUGCAGUAGAUCACAACAUGAACAAAGUCAAGAACUUCACACAGGAUCAGCUUUAACUCCUCCAUGCCUACGUGUGUUGCUGCCACUGGCUCUGGCAUCUGCAUUUCCAGUGAACUUUGCUGUUCUUCAGCUCUUUGGAAAAUGAUAAGAACAAUGUAGGAGAGAACUUCACUGCUACUUGGAAAAACUUCUCCAGGAAGUUGCCCUUUGCCAUUUUGCUUGGAUUCUUGGGAUGAAUGCAGUGCUGCUUCUUAACGUGCCCCAUUCUUCAGACAUUACAAUGACUGUGGGGUUCAGAGAAAAAUAAAAUAUUGCUAGAUUUAUAUUAGUUGUUUUAUCUAUCUUCAGAGGGCAGAGGAUAUAUACAGAAUGAAAGGGUCUUGCUUCUCUUGCAAGCAACCCAGUGAAUAAUUAUAAAAUGUGCUGCACUGCUGCUAUUUGCUGUCUAACUUUAGAGAACAGCGAAUGAGUUUUCUCUUUUUUAUUUCUUCAGAAAGCAGCAGAAAAUAUUGUUUACUACCUUACCAAUGCCAAGGAUCUAUAGGGGGAGAUAUCCCCCUAUGUAUAUAUAUCCCUAGAGACAUGCUACAUCUGUCAUCACUUUAAAGCUCCAGGAUAUCCUUUACUUUGUCACAGGUAGGGCAAAAGACUUAAGCACUGGUGGGCUCAGCACAGGUGUGGUGAGAACUGCAAUGUUGGCUUCAGCAUUCAGCCCAUCAUUGUCACAGUGAGGCUCAGCUUCUAAAACUGCAGAGAGUGGACAUAGUGGCAGAUGGGAGAGAGUUGAGUUUGUGCAAAUAAUCAAAAUUAGACAUGGUUUUAAAUAUGACUUUUAUUAAACUGUUAACAUCUGUGCUUGCCCGUGACCAGGGCACAGAUCACAGCCACUCUUGUAAGGACCUGUUCUGAGCUGGGCCUCAGGCAGCUGCAAUGUUGGCAGUUCUGUAGCUCUUCAGGUUCUGCAGCUGGAGGCAGCUGAGACGUGCAGUGAGUCUUCUGGGCCCUGCUUGGGUAGGGGUGAAUGGGAUUUGCAGCUCUUGAGUGCUUUUAGCUUGCACAGAGCCCAGCCUGAAAGGAGAGAAAGGAUUAUACAGGGAUGACCUCUCUUGGUGGUUUUAGUUUCCUGUGUCUGGGAUAUGCAUUAGCUGGACAGGAAUGUGGUGCCAAAAAGGGAAGAAAAAAAAGAAAUAGGAGAAAGCUGGCAGUUGAACUACCACAGAUGAAAUUGUCAUCUAACAGUAGUUUGGGAUAGGACAGGAGAGUUGAAACCUCCAUGGGGACAUCUAAGGGGACUGUCCUAAUGCAGCUUCUUGAGACAAAUGUGGGGUGUUUGUCAUGUGAAGAGGAGCAUGCCCCUUUGGUGGCUCUUGGCUAAGUCACAUUUGCCUGGUUCUUCAGUAGAGAAGGGGAAGACACCACUGUCUUUAUUGUUUACAGUGGGUAAUGGACGGAAAGAUGUCAUAAACAGUACAGUUUUAUUCCACUUAAGGAUGUUCAAGUUGCUCAUUAGAAAGCAAUUGAUUUCUCAACAGCAAAUAGUUUCUAAAUUUCAUAGCUCAUUUCAGUGACCUCUAACUUUGUCUUAUUUCAAGUGUGUUUCUGAUGAAGUCUUGGGGUAUUUCUCUGGUUAUCCUUUUUAUUGGGGAGGUUUUCCUUUUGCUGUCUAUGCCUUUGAUGUUGAAGCUUUCAUAGAUGCCAUAUUGGCUUCAACUUAGGUAUUACACAUCUGUUGAAAGUUCUCUCAGCUGGCUUUUCUCCUUUUCAGUGUAAAAAUCAUCUGUAUUAUCUGUAAAUAAAGGAUGGGAUGCUUGGGGCUUUCGUGCUGUAAUUAUA